AAUGAAAUUAAUCAAGUUUGUUUUGAGCAAAAUCUCCAUUAUACGUUUGGUUUUUGUCCAGUUUAUUUUAGUUUGUUGGUUUGAUUUUAUAAAAAGGAUGUUUAGCACACAAUUAGGAAAUUUUCCAUUUGCUAAUACUAGGAACAUCCAGGAGACAACUUCCAACAGUUUAAAUAAUAAUAUGAUGGAUGCAAACAAUGGAGCUGGAGAUAGGAAUGAUGGUUCCAUAGAUAAAACCAAACUAAUUGUUAAUUACAUACCACAAUAUGCCACUGAAGGUGAACUGACUCAAAUAUUUUCAACUAUUGGAAAACUGGAAGAUGUAAAAAUUAUGAGAGACUUUAAGACUGGUUACAGUUUUGGAUUUGGUUUUGUUAAAUAUUCCACUGAAGAAGAAGCAGCCAAAGCAAUCACAGUUCUAAAUGGAUAUAAUUUGAUGAAUAAGAGGUUAAAAGUUUCCUAUUCACGCCCACCAGGAACAGGCAUGAAAGAUUCAAAUCUCUACAUUACAAAUCUUCCAAAAAACAUUACUGAACAAGAAAUAGAUAACAUAUUUAGUAAAUUCGGUGAAAUUGUACAAAGAACGCUGUUAAAAGAUAAAAUUACUGGAAUGCCAAGAGGAGUUGCUUUUGUAAGAUUUGCUAGAGGCGAAGAAGCACAGGCGGCGAUCUCUGGAUUGCAUGGAACAACGUUGGCAGAUUCGAUGCUACCUCUUAGUGUAAGAGUAGCUGAAGAUCAUGGAAGACAGAAGGCACAGUAUGUGGAUGUUUGGGAUCCGAUGGGUUUUAAUAGAGGAUUUCCUGCAGUCAGGGGAAUGUGGCCCCCUAGAGAAAUUAAUAAUCCCAGGGCAAAUUAUCCGAAUCGUUUGGGCAGAUUUCCCAUGCAUGGUAUGCGAAAUUUAGCAGCUGGUGAUACAUUUUUUCAAAAUCCUUUUAUGUUUUGAAGAAGCUGCUCAAGAAAUGAAUAAUUUUUGUUUAGUUUUUAAUUGUAAUUCGUCGAUAAUCUACUGCGAUGUUUAUUUCUUUAGUUUUAGAUCGAGCUGAAGAGUCAAAUUGCUAUCGAUUUAUCAAGUUAAAUUAAAAAUUUUGUUUUGGUAAACAUAAAUAUCUUACUAGCAAUUAAGCUGAACAUAAUUGACAUAAUAUUACUAAAAAUGUCCUAUAUCUUUACCAACUCUCGUAAACACUUUCUCGUUGGUAUUUUUGCCAUUUUGGCAAUCUGGGGUUACCGUUGAGUUCUUACUUUUUGUUUGUUUUCAGAAAACUUACCUAAAGAUUUUUUUUGGACUAUGUCACAUUUGUUGGAAUAUGUUGUCACACUUUCGAGUACCACCUUUUCUACUUUCUCAGUGUUAAUGUAUUCUUCCACUACUCCCUUACUUCAUCAACAUUUAUGCUCCUACCUUCAGAUUUCGUUUUUCCAACUUAUGUUCUCGAGAUAAUUAUGCGGCAAUAUUCUUUUUGCAGUUUUUUGUUUAUAUUUUCCUUCAUUUAUUUAAGUUAAUUAGCUUUACCACUCUAGUUCUUAGCGCCAUAUUUUUUUUUUCAACUGCAAUUUAGUCAUUUUCAACAAAUCUAACAAAUAAUCGAAUCAACGAUUUUAUCUACUAAGUAAAUGGAAAUCGUUAUUAGAAAAAAUUCUUCUAUUUAUUACCCGUAAAUUUUUUACUUUUUCUUCGUCCUCAGUUUUUAUUGUCGCGUAUCUAAAUAUACAACGUAUUUACGGUUUCUUGAUAUCCUCGCCUCGCCAUAUUUGACAUCUUUUCAGCUUCGGCAUUGAAAUCUUUUUUCUUGUCCUUGCAUAGUCAUUCCACAGUCAUUCUGGUUAUUCUGUUUCAUUUUCUUAUUCUCAUAUCACUUCAGGUUAAAAUAUUAAAUUGAACACUUCAAAGUGGUCAAUGUUCUGGAACCUUUAUAAAAAUUUUAGUUUUAUUAGCAGCAUUCCUCUUUCACACAUUUUAUUGCAUCGAUUUAUGCUUUUACUUAAUUAUCUAUUGUUACUUGGUUUCGGCGUGAUACUAAACAUUUUCCGCCUUGACCACAUAUUUUCUAUUGGGAUCGGGACUACUUCCAGUCCACGGCAGAAAAGUAACGUCAUGGUUUCUCAACAAUUCCAUGGAAGUCUUGGUCGUAUGACAGGGCUCCCCUUCAAAUAAUUGAUAGUCGGCAGUAUUUUAUCCUGAUAUUUUUUUUGUUCUCUAUUAAUGCCAAACGUCCAACUUCGUUAGUGAUCAUACAAGCCCAUAUCAUGACACUAACAGGUUGCUUCAUAGUGACCGUAGGACACUGGAGCAAAAGGUCUUACCUCGGUCGGCGGCCAACAAACUUCAUUGCAUCACUCUCAAAGAUCGAGAUUAUGGUUUUAUCACUUCAAAUUACCUUACUCCAUUGUUGUUCUGUCUACUCUCUGUAUGUUAAAGCCCUAUCAAUGCAUGUUUGCCUCUGUUAUUGUUCAGGAACUGCCUCUUUCUAGGGGUUCUUGCUCGCAAUCCAUUUUCACAUAACUUUAUUCUGAUAGUGCUGUUCGAUAUUUGUAAGCUAGUUGAUUUGACAAUAGCGUUAAUGUCUUUUGCGAAUCUGCGACGAUCUCUUCUAAUGACAGGCGUCAUAUUCUGCGUAUUGACUAAUUUUGGGUUUUCUACCUGUUCUUUUUGCUGAUUUUGUCGUUCCAGUAUUAUGAUAACGUCAAAAAAAUUUCAUUACACCUGAUUUUAUGCUAUUCCUUGAUAUUUGUAAACUUCAACAAGCGUAAUUGCUUUGGCUCUUUUUCCAAAAUAGUUUCUGGGAGCCAUUUUCUGUUGAAUCUCCACAGAGGUGUUCCUCUCCGAAAUUAAAAAAUAUUACCUUAGUAACAACUACCGGAAGUCGCUAAUAAACACUAGAAAUCAUACGAAACUAUACUGAAUGCUUCCAAUUGGACGACUAAAUCACGCCACUCGUUAGUGAAACUCUGAUGUGAUACAGUAUUGCCAGUGCUGCCAUUCAAAAAUCUCAAAUCUUUCAUAUUUUAUUAAAUAAUUAUAUAUAGAGUGAGAAAAUACAUAAAAUAUUAAGCAGAAAUAUAAAACAAUAAAAUACGAAUGUAAGUAUGUUGAUAAACUCUAUAAAUCACAAUAAUGAGACGAGUGUUGCUUGAAAAACAAUAAUUUUUGUAACAUUUCCAGAAUCUUUGCCACUAGCGUACCUGUGGCCAAAUUUUAUGCAGUCUGUAUUUUUGUUCGAUGCUUCCGCUCCAGUAUACUUCUAAGUUGUCCUGUGUGUACGAUCGAACCUUUGAAGAAUUCCAAAAUGGGUUUUACAGAAAACUUCAAUUGAGAAUUGUUCAAAAUGUUAUGUCGUAGAUAUAUGCACUCGUUAAAAUAUCGGACAAAUAUGCAUUUUGCUAUGUAGAAAACAGGCAUUUACUUAGUAAUUUAAAGUAUUUUACACAUAGGUCAAAAUAUUGACUUUGUUAGGAAUACACGAAGAUUAAAACUCCAAAGUGCAGCAAUAUUUAUCGAUAGCCAAGAAAAACUUCUCUCCUAAAAAUGUUCACUUGCAUACCAUUAAUAUUAGUACUUUACUUAUGAAAGUGAGCAUUGCCGUCAGACUGAUGCUAAUCUAUAAAUUUGGUGGAUAUAAAAUGUUGUUUUAUUAAUAAGGACGUUCUUCAGCUUACCUCGGCUAUUGCUUAGUACAGUUAUUACCAAAAAUAAAUCCAUUGUUCAAAAAACUUAUUAAAUUUUGGAUAUAAUCGUAUACAAGAAGUUUCUUUGAGUUUUACUGUAAAUGAAUAGCAAAUUGACUCUAUCCAGCCAGUAUUAGUUUGUUUUUAUUGUUUUGUUGUUCAGUUAAUUUGUUUGGUGUUUUGUUACAGUUGAUUGUUGACGAUUUAUUCAAAUAUUUUUAAAAUAACGACAAAGACUGGUUGCUAAUUUUUAUACGCUAUUUAAUUGGUAUACACGUUUCUAUGUUAAGUCUAUUAUUCGAAUAGUAUUCCCAGUGCAACUGGAUUGCACAGGUAAAUUAGGUCUAAUGCAUACAGCCAUUUAUCGAUUUUAAUGAUGAGGUGUUUUGUCAAGAUCCACUACUUUUUUGUAAGUUAUGUUUCAGUUAGCAAUUGGCUUUGUUUUGAGAUUUUUGAGUAUAUCUUAAUUUAACCAUGUGCCAAAAUGUAUUAUGUUGAGGAUUUUGAUAAAAUACUGUGAACUCGUAUCUGUUACUAAAUGGUAAAAAAAGUAAACUCUCAGAGCCGAAUCAAACACAAACUAAGCUUUUUAUUAUAAUUUCCUUGCUGGUACAAGUGCAGUGAUGCAUACCUGACAAUAUUAAUCAAAAAAUAUUUUUACAUCACAUAAAGCUCGCCAAAUGUCAAUGUCUGACAAAAUUAAUGAUUUCGGACUUCCAUAAGAUUAUAUUUCCUUUUACUCAACUUAACCAUUCGCGUAUUAUUCAGUUUCUUAAAAGGGAUAAAAUUGUGCAAUCAAACUUUUUCAAUUACCUGCCGCACGGCUGUUUACGAUUCUACACAGGUCGAUGCUACUCAUGAUAUAUGUCAGUUAGUAACUAUCGGCCUGGUAAUAAAUUAGAUAAAUGUAGAAUUCUGACAUUCCUUUAUGUUUACAAGUCAUAUUUUUUGUCUAGACUGGUAUUUGUGUAAAAUAAUAAAACGUUUAUAGAAGUCGUUAAGAUCUAUAAGAAAAUUAUAGAAUAACAUCUGCGUUCUUCUUUAUUUGCUAUUUUCAUCAGUUUUAUAGUAAUGCUGUAAACUGUAUGCGUAAGACUUAAAUAGACUAUAAUAUUAACAAUAAUAUAUGUAUUUUAUCGAUUAUAGAGAAAACAUCGAUGGCCAAUUAUUUACCUAAUGUAGUUAAUCUAUAAUUGUCUUAUCGAUGUUUUUUUUAUCAUUCGAUUACUGUUGAUAAUUAUUGUAUAGUUUUAUUUUUUAUGUGAUCACGUGAAGAAAAUAAAUUAUUUUUGUUCGAU